AUGCAUGAAGAAAAUAGUGGUUGCUUAAGGCCCAUGCCAGGUCCACAACCCGAGCUAGUCUUCAAUAUCAAUUUGUUACCAACAGAACCUUAUGCGAAUCUUAACAAUGAGGGGCUUCCCCUUCAUUCCACAACAUACAGUGCAAAACGUUGCCCACCUGCACGCUUCCAGGAUGGAUCAGUCUAUAUACAAGAUUCCUGCGACGCAAGCAGCAACGGUGGGGGCGCUGCCAAAAUUCGUAGUUUCGAUAUGAGUGACUUCACUCUUUCGCAGGUGUACACGAUGGGAUACCGCUCUUACUUACACAAGAAGAAGCAAACGGAUGAGUCAACGUUUCACUUUCCCGCUGCUCCGCCGGACUUUGAUGGGAGUGCUCCAACGAACCUUGAGGCGGUUGCUCAAUAUGUGGAUAGACUAGCGAUCGCCUACAAGAGUGUUCGUGGACUUCCUACACCAUUUGAUAUGUAUGAUCAUAUCAUCCUAGAGGCUGUUGAUAAUCUAUCGAACACCUUUAUGAAUCAGAUACAGCAAGCUAACAGCACUAAUUCCCCACCUCCUCGGAGUAACGCCAGUUCGCAUACCCCGCCUGGUUCAUCUCCAAAAGAAGAAUCAUCAUCUAUUGUGUUGGUGGAUCAAAAACUGUCUAUGGAGUCCUUCAUUGUGUCGCUUUCAUUGUCUAAUCUGCAGCGCAUGAGCUGUCGGGAAAUGAAAAUUUUGUUCGACCGGUUUCAGGCUGCCCCUUACGUGGCUUCUGCCGUGGAUGCUGACGUCGUCGCAUCGGUUUUAACCGACUUCCACGCGAUUCUUAUGCGGGAGGAGACACCACAUGACACGCAAAGCCAUCUAAUUUCACUGGUUGGCAUGUUAGUAAGCUCGCGCAGUAAUAUUAACGAGGUUCUUCAGUACCUCAACAUCUUGGAGGAGUUUCAUACGACGUACGCCAACAUUUUACCCAUGUACGUUCCAUUCGCAUCCCGUAUCAUUGACACCUUCACGUUUCACUCGAAAUCCCUCUGCCCUAUUUUGUCCCCAAUCGACUGCUUUCAAGAGGAGGACCAGAGGCUGAAGGUCAACUUGUCUGAGGGAACAACCAUGCAGUGUUUCUGUGUGAGCUCUGAUGGGAAGCUUCUCGCGGCAGCUACACUCAGGGGGCUGGAAGUAUAUGAAGUAGCCUCUGGCCUUCCCGUGGCCAAUAGGGAGUCUGGUGCACCGGAGGGCGCCAAGAGCUACUGGAGUAUAACCUUUUCGGAGGAUUUGUCGAGCCUCAUCUGCUCGGAUAUCGCCGGCCUUAACCACACCGUCUAUACGAUUCAUUUGAAUGUAAUCGAGGAGAUACACACAACUGAAGUAUCUAUACCACUUGAUUACAAAAGCGGUGUGAUGGUGAUGCAAACGUCGCCACUUCUGCCCAGUGGAAGCAAUCAAUCUUUAUAUUUCUUUGAACUUGGAUCUUCCUUGGCAGAGAUAGAGUGCGCAACGAGCGAUCCAAAGGAAUCUUUCACAAUGUUUGCACAUGUCCAUCAAGACUUUGUCGGCACCCUGGCACAUUUUUUCACAGACAGUGGUGAAAUUGUUGUGAGCGUCACGCGGUGUUGUUUCAAGCUUAGCCAGAACGGUGCCUCGUGCUACGGCAUAGCCUCGAACAACUCUCCGUGGCUUUAUGUACAUGUUCGAUGGCUUAAAGGGACGUGGUCGUUGGAUGUGAAUGCUGCCAUCGUGGAGCUUUCUGGUGCGCGCAACGACCAGCAAAAGUCUCUGGUCAUCCACAAGGUUUUGUGUUUCGAGGGUCUGGGGCACGUCGGGUCCUUUGCGCUGUGGCUGGACUCCGACGACGCCAGCGUUGUUGCGAUGUACCGGAGGGAGCGGCGACUAGAGUCUGGCACUGCGCUUGUGAAUUUUCCUUUGGAUGAGGGUAUGGGACUGUGGGUGAAGGAAACUGUGUCCUGUACCGCCUUCACGAUCCCCGAAGCACACUGCGCCUGGGACGAGAACGUUCUCGUUCCCUGUAUAUCGUCACCCGAGGAGGAUGUUCCUGGAAAGAAGUCCAACGUCUGUAUGGAUCCAAAGUUACUCCUCGAAAGCAAGACAUUGUCAAGUAGCUUUAAGAUCUACAUGAUCCUCCCCUCACGCGUCAAGGGGGGGGAUGAUAUUGUAAUAGUAGUUGAUCGCGCCACCAGGAAGAUAACCCGUGUCUCACACUGCCCUCGCUCUUGCUCGGAGAACAUCUAUGCGCUGCUAUCGGACGAGUCGAAACUGUUUGUGUACCAGCAGCGUUUUUCAGCCUUCAGCUCCGUUCGUUUACAUUCCAUGCAGUGUAAACUGAGUGAGUUGGCCAGCAGUGGUCUUCUUGACGCAACUUUACCCGUCAAUUCCAUUCGCUGGUUUCGACAUGAGUGGUACAAGAAAAUUUACAUGGAGGUCUUUGAGUUACAUCGUAUUCCUCUUGCGAACACGCCGCUGUCUUUUACGAAUCUUUUUGCACUGGCGGACUCUUUUAAAAAUAUCAAAGCAAGUACCGAUAAGCUCUAUGUGGUGGCUAUUCUCUCCCUGACGCUGGUUCACUUUCAGAUGCUUAUAUCGGCGGAUGAGAAGCAUAUCUCCAGGAUAGCCACCCUAUUGAAGAGUUCUUGCAAGCAAAUAAUGGAAAUGUUCCCUGAAAAAAUUAUCAACGAAGCUGCGCACGAACUUCUAAACGCCGCAACCUGCAAGUCCCUAACUCUUAGCGAUAAGGUACAGGCACUUCUCGACCCGGACAUGCAACGCAGCGCCGCAACGCUCAAACUCUAUGUCACGAAGGAAUCUCUCUUCACACUCAUCCAUCACAUCGUCACACACUCACCAGCCGUACUCACUGAUGUGGCACGACGUCUGAUAUCGAUGGCGCGAGCAGAGGCGGCAUCCUCAAGCAGCACUGCUGUUGCAAAGCCCAUUACACGACUCAUGACGAGCUUCGUACUCUUGUGUGUGAAGGAGCUGAUGGCGUACGAUGGAUUUGAUGAAAUCUCGCAGCUGGUUGAGCUUUUUGUUGAAUUUGUUGAACAGGAGCUUCCAAAGGCGGGCACAGGUGUACAAAUGCAGAACACCACUCUCCACACCGGAUGCAUCCCACUCUUCAUCGUCGUGGCGCAUUUUUGUCCAUGGGUGUUGACACCAAAGAUUGAAGAGGGCUUGCUGAACAUCAUGCAUGCGCUGAAGGGAAAGUUUGGAGAUAAAGAGGUCGUCAGCUUCACAACUCGCGAGGCUUGCUACGUAUUUCCACCGAACCGCGAGCGAGAGGCGAUGUGGCGCUUCGCCAUUGACCUUUCAGACGCGAGUAGCGUGGCUGUGCAGAAGGAGUCACACAUGCCGUCACUGAGCAUCAUCCGCAGCGACAGCACCGCCUUGCAUCGAAACAAAAUCGAAAUGAGCCGAGAGCGAACCUUCUUGAAGUUGGAGGGUGGCCAACUAAUUUUUUUUGGAAGCGGGGAGAACAACUUCACCAUCAACGCACAGUUUGAUUUUUGCGUUCCCACCUCAUGGGAGAGCACGCUUAGUGAUUGCAUUCACAACCUCCUGGUAUCCCACGCGCGCCACUUGAUCCACAAGCCGAAAACCAACGACGUCUUUGUUCCCCCAAUGCUGCGUCACGGUCUCAACGCAGACGCCUUGUGUCGCCACGGCAUCAAGCUAGAUAUUAGGGAACCCCAAAAGACUACUUUCGCGUUCGAUAUUCUGAACAACGUCGGUGGCGGCAAGGCAUUCGUAGACCAGGUGUAUCAGAGUAUGCGGGGCAGUAUUGUACCUUCGAUGCGUCCAGCGAUCCAGGCGCUUCUUGCAAUUCUCAUCCAUGCUGGUGUCAAUGCUCAGCAGGCGGAAGAUGAGCUCAAGCUGCGCUGGUUUAGCGGAGAGUGGGGUGUAAAGCUCCAGGGUCCUAAUCGGGACGUCACGCGUACUUUUUUGAGCGACUUUGCGAAUUGGUUUAUCAGCUCUGUCUACUACCAGAUGGAGGGAACGGUGGUGACGUUUCGGCGUGGCUCGUUCGAUCGUCGGCUCGAGAACUCGUUGAACAACUCUAGGUCUAUCUCAGAGCGGCACCGCUCCACCAGCUCCCGUCGAAGUAUUUUCAAGCACUCCCAGCAGUCAGACACGUUGGACCAACUCAAAACGCUCUUCGCACGAGAGGUGACCCCAGCGGUGCUGGAGGCGGUCCUUGUCGAGCGCACGCAGGCGGCUCUCAAAAUAGUACAUAGCAUUUCACUCCUGAGGAAGCUCCUCCGUCUGGAGGAUCUCGAGCAGACGUCGGAGGCGUCUACGCUUUCCGUCCUGGACGUGCUAUCGAGCUUUGUGAACGUAGAGAGUGGGACGCACUAUAUCGAAAGUCUUAGUGGUGCUGGGUUUGAUUUGCAGAUGCAGGUGCGCAUGUCGUUGCACAGCGUCCUCGUGCGGUGCCAGGAGCUUCUGCUUGGGAGGUGCCCGAAGAAUAUCGCCCCACAGGCGGUGUUGACCGAGCGCGCUACCAACGGGACGGCUACAAUGCAAUUACUGAGCAUCCUGUGUCACCCCUUUGACGCCCUCGACGCAGAGAUUUUUAACGCAAACUUUGGUAACGAAAAUGAUGUACUUAAGCAACUGGAGAACCAUAUUUGCAUUCUAACGACUAACCUUAUGCAGAUGAAUCCGUGGGAUCUGCACAAGGAUAAUGGCUCGGAUUCGUCGGCGCUCGAGGACCGCGAGUUCCGCUUUGAACCCAUGGGAGAGGUCGACUUGAACUCGAUCAGUUGCAUUUAUCCAAAUGACUUUACAAUUGUCAUUCCGCAGCUUCAAGCGUCUCGGUCUGAGGAGGGUGUUUUGAUUGAAAACAAUAAUAUCAAUAGCGUUGAGCUUAGUGCUGAUGAAGGGUGGCCACUCGCGUGGAAAGAUGGUCUACCACGUGUCUUCUACUACGAAGUGAAGAUCAAGUCUCUGGUUUGCAAGUUGGAUGUAGGACUCACCGUAUCGAGGCUAAGCUUUGGCAUGGUAAGGUUGGAUUCGCUUUAUUUCUAUAGCAGCUCAGGGGAGACGCAUAGCGUUUCUUUUCCGAUGUUCGGGGAGGACGACACUGUUGGCUGCGGUUUUAUCUCGACAAACCGACGUAUCUUCUUCACGCUGAACGGCGUGCUCCUGGGCCUCAUGGACACUGUGCCAGACAAGCAAGACAUCCUCUUUCCUACGCUACGCUUCAGUGAGCGAUCUGGGGCCAAGGUGCUGGUGAAUUUUGGCACUUCGACCUUUGCGUAUGACUACCAGCAGCUGCACCCUGCACUAAAUCUGAGGAGGGGGCCAACAUGGUACCGUGUGGCCUCGACCGCGGCAACUACACUGCACCACAUCGCCGCGCGCGCCUGUUUGAUGCAAGAAGCGCGUAAAUCAAGCGCUAGUGUUUUCUUAACGCACUGUUUCGAGGUAGUAUGCCGAAACGUGAGCAAAGUGACGACAUUCCUUAUGAAUACAGGGAUUGGCAGCGCCGACCAUUCCGACUCUCAUACACGUAUCAAGCAGUCCGUUAUCUUUGCUGUCGCGGAGUAUUCGAUUAUGCUUCUCAUCGCCACCAUACGGCAUAUCGUCAACACCGGCGCGCUGUACAAUCCUCUACCUGAGGUGGUCGGUGAAAUGAUCUUUGACGCGGUGUCGGUGCUAAUGUUGCUGCCACUGCGUUCGACUCAGGUAGCGGUCAUCAGUGUGUUACCGGAGAUUAUUCCACAUGUUCGUCAUCAACCCGAUGGAAACGCCCUAGCAAAUCUUGUCCGCACCCUCUUCCGUCAUGCUAACGAUCCCGCAGCGGAGUCACCCCAUAUCAUCCCUUUUACGCCGACGUGGUGCGAGUGCGACCCGCGCUUCAUGUCCAUUGUGAAUGUUCAGUCUGCCUGCAUGAGUCCUGAGUCUCAGCGCAGUAUCGUGCUUGGGAAUGUGCUACCCCGGACCGGUGUGGUCUCCUUUUCCGUCAAGAUUAACCGCCGUAACAUGUCCAAGGGUCACUCACUUAAGGGAGGAUAUUUUAUAGGCGUGUCCGUAACCCGGUUGAGCCCGCUCUCCCCGACAAGCAAUUCCCAAUCCUGGAAGACCGUGAAACCACCCAUUGUGUGGGCGAUGCAUGACACCUCGCCCCAGCUCCCGCAUGCCACCAACCCCAUCGUCAAGGCAAACAACUUCCAGCGGACGUUUGGUAACGACGACAUGAUUCGCGUGGUGGUGGACCGUGAUAACCGCACCGUCGACUUCUACCGCGACGAUGAGCUGUUAAGAACGCUCUUUAGCAAUCUGCCCGCAGAUAUCGACCUCGUCCCAUUCGUCCAGCUCUACAACGAUGACGCCUCCGUGACCAUCUACCCGGGAGAGAUGACGUCCCCGAUCUCAACCUCCACCCUUCUCAGCGCCGCGUCCGUAGAUGUUCUUCGUGCGAUGCUGAUGUUGGAGCCGUUCCAGUUCUUGGUUGCGAAAGGGCUUUGCAAUGAGCUGGAUAUGCACGCUUACCCUAAAGUGACCUUGGCGCUCUUCAAUAGUUUGCCAGAUCGGCGCAUGUUGCAGCUGCGGAGUCGCACGGGAGAGGAGUUUUUCAUCACGGUAAGCCGCGUUGGUGACAUGCGGUGUAAAUUUUCGAUCGGGAAUGAGGCGAAUUACGAACAUCUUUACAACCUACAUACCCCCGCUAACCCAAAGAUCACGUGCUCUUUGGACACUCAGAAUCUGUCUGGUUCCUCGGGCGGGUUGGCAUUGUGCAUCGGGAGGCUUGUGGCGGCUGUGCGGCGUAUUGUGCUUCCAUUUAUAACAACUCAAGCACUGUCCGCUCUUGAGCAUGAACAGCGUUUGAAGAUUAUUGAUGAAGAAAAAGAGCGGUGGGAUUUUCUGUUCCAUGGCCUGCGCGUCGGCACCUUCAUUAACAUCCAGCGUAGCUCACAGAUGAAGGCAAUUUUCCCGACACCCAACACUCCCAUCGACUAUACGUUUUCGGCAGCAAUGUCGCAUCCGAGCUUCUCUAUGCCACGGACGUAUUGUGGCCGACUAGCCACCAUUCCGAGCGGCUCUGAGAAUAUCACAACUCCUUUUAUCACUAUCGCCGAUCCAGCCGUUCCGUUGCAAGGCACAUUUAGUAUCCGCUGUCAGUUGAUCCGCGGUCACAACGGACAAAUUCUUGGUGGAGGCUAUUACUUUGGGUUGUGCACAUCAUCAUUUAACUGGAAACGCAAAGAUCUCAACAGUGGUGUUCCCGAGGUGUGGGCUAUACAUGACAUGGACGACGCUCCGUGGCGCUUGCGACAUUUUAGCCCCACCUGCACCCUGCCGAUAGCAGCGGAUCCUCGGUGCGUUAUUGUCAGCGGGGACAUCAUUCGUUUGGAAAUUAACCGAGACGAAGGUACCAUGCGCGCUUUCCGAAAGCCCUUCGAUGGUGAUGAAAUUAGCUUUGGCAUCAUUUUUGACAACCUUCCUAAGGGAAAUCUUCACCCUUUUGUACACCUCUUCAACAUGGACUCCGUUGCUGUGCUAUUACCCUCUAAAAAUAUGGAUUCGGCCUUGCGCUUUACGGUCCAGCAACCCCUCUUCUCGACCUAUUCCUUUAAUGAACGUCGCUACUGCGACGGCUGCGCGGCGCAGCACGUGGAGUCACGCCUUGGAAAGCAAUGGUACAAGUGUGUAGAAUGCGCGGACUACGCCCUUUGCAAGGACUGUUUCGAUCUAUGUGUCCAUUCACAUCAUACAUUUACAGAUAUGGGUGCUUAUUCCCUAGUGCACACCAAAACCCCACCGAAGAAAAUCAUCAAAGGAAUGCAAGUAGUGAUCCCAUCUACAAGUUGCAUGUACCUCCGCAGCAGCGGGUGCCGCAUGGAUGAAGAAUGUAUCAACUGCGUCGCUGAGUCGAUCGAGGAUAACAGCUUUGCUAUAUGGGGAUUGGUAUGCAAAGGACGGGCUCACUUCACAGCAUCGAUUGAGACUCUUGACAAUAGGCCACUAAGGGCCGAUCGUCUUGUGUUCAUCGGAGUGGGCUUGACGAAUGAAAUUAUGCAACUUUCACGUGAAAAAUUGCUCAACAGGUGCUUUACUCCAUCUUCGUCGAUUCUGACAUACUGCAACUAUUACUCAAUGCGGCGCAGGGUCAACGGUGAAAACCGCCACUCGCACGGCUUUGAUAACGGCUCAACUAUCACGAUUGACAUUGAUGUCAUAAAAAGGACUGCAACGUUUAUUCGUGACUGGAUUGUGGUGGAUACAUGCCCUAUCGAGUUUCUGACCUCGGGAUCCAACCAUUAUGUUGCCCUCUGCUUCUUUGUCGUAUUCGAGAAGAAGGGUGUGAAGAUUAUGAUCAGGCCAGACAGUGGGAUGACUAUGACCGCUCGUGUGGAAGAAGCAAAUGGAAGCAUAGUCAAAGUCAGCGCUCCAGACUCGCGGAUUCGGUAUGUAACUACAGAAAACUGUCGCCUGCCGCUGCGGCAGUGCGAGGUGGCGCCAGCUAUAGGGAGGCUAGGUUACACUUAUAUCGAUAAGCGUUUGGUUCAGUGCCGCGUAGUGGCUUUAGAAAAGGGAGAGGUGAAGCUGCGCUUGGUUAAAGAUGACUGUAUACACAAGGUUUCUCUUUAUCACUUUCUCGUUGACGAACACGAUGCCAUCGCCGAUGAGCACCUUAUUCAAAAGGAGUCCGACGAGAAUGGUGCGACGUUGUUGGAUGGCUUUGUUGUAUCACGACUGCUUCUGAUCUUAUCUUGUCUCUGCGAAAAAGAAGAGCUCUCACCUCUGGUCAUACAGCACGGUACGGAGUUGAUCAAUCUGAUCAAGGGUUUGGCUUCCGUGCAGAUAAGCAACUAUACGCCACUCAACUUUCUAAGCGAGAUUCGUACCCUUAUAGCAGAAACCGCGAGCGCUGUGCAAUGGUUCAACCCUACACAGCGUCUUGGAUCUUUUGUGCCAACCCUUGGGAUCGACGAUCGUAAGCGCCGGUUCAAGCCAGGCAUGCUCGUUCAGUGCACCACCACGGGGGGCUCACAAGAGGUUUACCGAGUAGUUUCGCGAAAAGGGGAAAUGUUGACGCUGGUGCACCUAAUGACAUUGGAAUCCAUGGAGAUACCUCACAAAAAUUGCAUCCCGGUAAAGCAAUCUAAUGGAAAGCCGUGGUACAAGGUGAACAACGGUCUUCCUUGCAGUUUCCGUGAGCAUACGAUUCGGUUGACGCAGCCCAAUUCUGGGAGUCGAAGCGUCUCGAUCGAGGGAGUGUGGCAGGGCGAGUUUGCCUUUCCAAAAUCUAAAGCUAUUUUAUUUGAUAUGACGCUGGACAACAGUGGAACUGGCACUGCGCUCUUAAACAUCCAUGGUCAUAAGGUUGGAUAUCGCGCCAUUUACGGCCACAUCGAGUAUCAGCGUAUUGUUUACCUGUGCUUAACACGAGACGAUCCUCCUGGUAAAAAUACACCUUACCAGAUAGUCAACACCGAAAAUGUUGUUUCCUAUGUGAGGAAGAUGCAUCAAGUGAUGAGUGCGCUCACUCUUUCUGACGCUACUGAUUGCUACAUGGCAGAGUUAAGUGUAGAUGCAGAAGGGUUAUGCAUGAGUGGUGUAUGCUGUCAUUCGAAUGGCAAAACCGGCAGCUUGGUGUGCUACUGCCCUGACCGCCCGUUGCUUAUAUCCAGUCAUACUGACAUGGCACAUAUCGAGCCACUGCCAGACUGCGUUGAUACAAUUACCAUGACUAAGCCAUUGAGGAGUCUCAGUGAAACGAUACACCGCCUCGUUAUUCUUCUUGCGCGUCACCUUUACCUGGUUAUCUGCAGUAAGAAGAACAUCAUCUCUAGGGAGCUUGUAGAAAAUGUUUUUCUUUUCAACACGCAUCCACUCACAGAUCGAUUGAUCACCCGCUUUGUAGAUAUUCAUCAGCUGUUUUUGAUGAUAUCUGAUGCCUCUCAACGAAUCACGAAUCCUGACGUUAAGCCGUGGGACGCCGCAACGCUUUCGACCCUCAUCACCAAGACCCUCCUCCUGCGACCUGAGUCAUUGACUAAAGCGCCACAAAGUCUCAUUUGGGAUUCACUUCACGCUGUUGUGGUGGCGAUGCACCGCUGUGGGUGUCAGUUCAGACACGAUAUUCUGCGGAAAGUGACCGCCUUCGUGCGAAGUCAUCGGGAUACUGAACAGAGGCUAUACUGGCAACUCUUCGGCGCUCUUGUGACCUACUUUGACCGCAACACCUUCUCUUCGACUGCGCGAUUGGAUGACAUACAUAAGGAUGUUGCGGCAGGUGUCGACCUCAUCUUAAGCUUCAGGCCGCAAGAACCGUGGCACCUGCGGAAUAUCCCCACACAGCCUCUGCACUGCUUAGUGGACCUCUGGCGGUCCCUAGUUGAAGACCGGCCACUCCCUCAUGUGGUUGACGAAACAAACGACCCUCACGGGGAUAGUGAUCUCAACGUAGACGUGGUCUGCGCCUUCGGUGAUUAUAGCGACGAGGAGCUUAAGGUGGGGAAGGUUAUGAGCUCUAUUUCGGCAGUUCGUUCUGGGCAAUACUACUAUGAGGUAAUUCUCCCUGACCGUCUCAUUAGUCCAUUUGCUGUGGGGUGGGGCACCCAAGCUCAUUGUGAAGUGCCUAGUCAACACGUUGGUAGUGAUCGCACUAGCUUCUCCUUCAACGGAAGCGAGGUCAGCACGAAGGACACCAAAGAGGAUUACAAAGUCGCGCAGGAAAUCACCCCCGGCUGUGUGCUUGGGUGUCUCCUCAGGAUGGAAGAACAGGUUGUCGCGUGGUCCAUUAAUGGCACCCUUGGGCCUUUUAUUUCUAUCCCUAUCACGCCUAGCGAUAAGGGCCUCUAUGCGUUCGUGUCCACCGGGAUAUGCAGCGGACUGCGGGUGCGGCUGCGAGCCAGCGAGUUUGAGUUUGUGCCUGAUGGUUACACGGAUCUAGCGGGGCAUUACACCCGUGUCCUGAUCGCGACCUAUGACGAGUCCGUCCGCAGCAGCCUGCCAGUUCAGAGUCUGUCCUUCUACAGCCAGGUUGCCUCCUACUACUCAGAUGUCACGGAGUACAAGAAGGAGGAUAAGAAAAGCCUAAUGGAGGCCUCUAUGUCGGCCACCUUCAUGCUGCGAGUCGCCGUGAACAAUUUGUUCCUCCCAAAGUACCCGGCGCUUGUAGGGUUGUCCGAGGACACGCUGAAGGCGCACGAGCGCGUGAUCGAAACCGUUGAGAGUUGCAUGGCAACUGCGAGCCGCUUUGUAGACCUUGACAGCGACGUCAUCAGUGGAACGCUUUCUAUGGCUUUCUUAUACCUAAAGCCAUUGGUGCGGCGUUCUUUCCGCCAGAAGCUUCUCAUCAAUAUCCCUGGCGUCGAGAAGGCCACGUCGCCGCCAACCAUCUCCAUUCGUAUCACCGAGCUGUUCUCCACAUUGCCACGAACCCCUGAUGUCGCACUCCACCACACCGUUCUUUCGCAGCUAUAUAGACAGAUUGGGGGCUUUACCGAAGAGCAAUGGUCCCAGAGCCCGCUUUUCAAGGUUAAUCUCUACAUCAGCGGCUCAGGGCACGCACCGAUUGACAUGGGUGGGCCUUACCGCCAAGUAUGGACUUUUCUAGCAGAGGAGCUUGUGCGUCAUCCGGAUAAGUGCUAUCCACAUUCUGAUUUUCAUCGAAAUCCGCUCUUCUGUUUUGUAGACAACUCGCAGAGGGUGUCGCUUGUGCCAGACAACCUAGCCAACUCAUCACUCGAGCUGACCUUGUUUAAUUUCUUUGGUAAAAUCAUGGGCCACGCCGCGAGGGCUCACCUUCCAUUGAAUAUCGAUUUCUCUCCAUUUCUUUGGAAAUUUUUGGUUGAUGAUGCACUCAGCGUUAAGGACUAUUAUAAAUAUGUCGACGGCGUCGUCGAAAAUAGUAUGGAGGACGAUAAUUUUCUUUUGAGCGGUGUAGCGGAGGAGAUUAUUCCCAACUUCGCUGAAAACGUCAUGUGGCUCGAUGAAGAGGAGCUUAAAGGACAAAGGAUUGUUGAGCAUCGGCGCCGCAUUGCAGAAAACUGCCUUGUCCAUUCUAUGGACGAGCAACUGAAUGCCAUACGCUGUGGUUUGUGGAGUAUCUUGCCCCGCCGAGUUGUGCGUUGUCUGUCAUGGUGUGAUCUAGAAAGAUUAGUGUGUGGCGAAAGCAAUCCCACUAUUAAGGAACUGAGGCGUUACAUCCACACACAGCUGAACCCGGUGCGGGAGAAGUACUUCUGGAAAAUAUUGGAGGAGUUCACUGCGGAGGAAAAGGCUGCAUUGCUUUGCUUUUCCUCAGGGCAGCGCCGUCUACCCCUUAUUCGGCAGAUUAUUAUACAAGAAAAUAACGAAAGUGUGGAGCACUUGCCACGUGCUCAGUCGUGUUCAUCUCUUGUAACUAUACCACCCUAUACUUCUCUGGAAAUGUUUCGUGAAAAAUUACUCUUAGCUUUACAGCAUCAGGAUGAGAUGGAGUUGGCGUAG